AUGACAGGUUGCUUUCCAUUACGCAAGUGGAUAUUUAACUACAAAGAGGACUCGUCAUCAACACCAUCACAUAACUCACACGCUUCAAAGGAGUUAUCACUCGGCGAUAAUGUGCAUCAAAAAACAUUAGGCCUCGGUUGGUGUAAUCAAUCUGACACAUUUAACUUUUGUACAGAAUUCAAAAUCGAUUACGAAAUAUUAACUAAACGCGUCAUAUUGUCAAAGGUUUCUAAAAUUUUCGAUCCGUUAGGCAUGCUUAGUCCUUUUAUAAUUAUCGCAAAGAUUUUAUUACAAAGGCUAUGGUUAUUGAAAGUUGGCUGGGAUGAACCGCUACCCAAUGACGUCACUCACCAGUGGUUGCGAUUUGUUGAUAGCAUUCCAUUACUUACGAAAAUAAAUAUACCGCGACACGUAAUAGGUAACAAUUCAUUACGCAUAGAAUUGCAUAUUUUUACAGAGGCAUCACAGGUUGCUUAUGGAGCUUGCGCAUACGUACGCAGUAUAGGUAACGAUAAUAAGAUUACAGUCCGAUUGUUAUGUUCAAAAGGAAAGGUCGCGCCUAUAAAACCCACCAGUAUUUCGCGUCUCGAGCUGUGUGGAGCUUUGUUAGGUGCUAGGCUAUAUGAAAAAAUUAAACAGUCACUACGAUAUCCUCAUGACUAUUAUCCCUUAAGCCCAGCUCAUUUCUUGGUCGGUCGUCCGCUGACUGCGCCGCCGUGCUCUGAUGUUCAAGACUUGCCAUCAAACUUGACACGAUAUCAACGGGUAGAACAAAUACGCCAACAUUUUUGGACAAGGUGGUCCAAAGAAUAUAUAUCUGAGAUGCAAAUAAGGAACAAAUGGAAAACUCGCCAAGCAGACCUGAAGCCAAACACCUUAGUGCUCAUCAAGGACGACCACUUACCUCCAUUAAAGUGGCGUUUAGGACGCAUCAUUUCCACUCUCCCGGGCAAAGACGGGGUAUCAAGAGUCGCCGACAUAAAGACGGAGACCGGCAUCGUUAGGCGGGCAUUCUCUAAAAUAUGCCCUCUUUGGAACGAAGAAGAAGAAUUGAAAGUGGAACCUUCCAAGGCCGGGGGCAUGUUAAAACAGUAGUAGCAAAUCUGCUGUGAGUAGUAUAAUGCUCAAAGUCACAGGCGCCAUCCUCAACCACCACUGGUCGACGUCAAACCUAGCGUCGAUGACGGCAUCAGUCAAUCGACCAGUGAGAAGCACCGCUCAUCACGCGACACAUAUGAGCACCAAUAAAAAGGGUGGAUACUCCACCCCUAUGUAAUUUAAAAAACGUUAAGUUGUUGCAAUAAACGCUUCAUGAGAAGAGGUCACAGUUUCAU